AGUAGCGAUAGUAAAGAGUGACUACCAGGCUGUUGUGGUCUUGAAUGCAGUGUCUGGGUUCAGAAACGCUGACUAAACUCGAGGAAAAGUGACCUGCAAAGUAGUCCAAAUGGAUUUGGCUCCGACCUCAGAGGUUAAGGACUACUUCCCGAAUAUUAAUGUUAUUCUGUGCAUUGUAACGGCAAUUGCUUUUGUAGCCGGGGAGCGAGAUGUGGAUGCAGUUCCUGCCUGGAGAACUCGGUUGGAACACGCUGCUUCGUCCAGCUUAAUGGUGUUGGAUAUCUUUAUGGUGCACUCCACAGUGCAACAUCAGGCCAGGAGGAAGAGAUAUACCCUAACUCCACAGAUGCAGAAAUGGGACCACUUCAAUCUCACCUACAAAAUUCUGUCCUUUCCAAAGACUUUGAAUGAAAACGAUACCCGGAAAGGAAUUGCAGAAGCUUUCCAAAUGUGGAGCAAAGUUUCGCCUUUUAAUUUCACAGAAGUCCAUGAGUCCAGGAACGCUGAUAUCAAACUCGGCUUUUAUUCCAUCAAUCACACUGACUGUUGGGCCACCCCCUCUCACCCCUGCUUUGAUGGGAUAACUGGAGAGUUGGCCCAUGCCUUCUUCCCACCUCACGGAGAAAUCCAUUUUGAUGAUUACGAACAUUGGAUCCUGGGGAAAACCCACUUCAGCUGGAGGAAAGUGGUCUGGCUGACCGACUUGGUGCACAUCACAGCCCAUGAGAUCGGCCACAGCCUGGGGUUAAUGCACUCGCUCAACACUAACGCACUGAUGAACAAAAACGCGACCUUAACAGGCAAGACGAAGAUCACACAGGACGACAUGUGGGGCAUUUGGAGGCUGUACGGUUGUUUGGACAGACGAGCCGAAUGUCUUCCUUGGGCACAGCGAGGCCUGUGCCGGAAACUUCCCAAACUAAUGACCAAGUACUGUCCGCACAGCUGUGACUUCUGCCUUGAUCCUCCGAUAUCCACCAACCCCCCCACCCCGGUGCCUCCCAGGACCAAAGUGAGGACUGUCCACAAGGGGAAGAACGUCACAGUCCGAUGUGGUCAGAAGAUCGCUGCUAAGAAGGGGAUCGUGCACUGGUACAAAGAUGGUGAACCUCUGGAGUUUUCCUAUCCCGGUUAUAUCUCCAUGAGAGGCAAUAAGCUCAGUAUCAUUGCCAACGCCAUCAACGAGGGGACCUACAUGUGCCUGGUGAAGAAACGGGGCAAAACUCUGACCAAAUACUCCUGGGAGAUAAAGGUCAAAGAAUAAGAUGAUGCUCGACCCAACGAAAAAACAGUGCAGUUCGUGACAUUAGACCAGGGUGGUCCAACCAACAGGCACGGGCUGAUUUCAUCCCCCUCCCCUCCAUUUCAUCUGUCCCCCCCCCCACCCCAUAACCCGUAAAAGUUAUGUUUCUGGGACCCACGGACGUUUCUCAAAUACGGUAUCCAGCCCUCAGCAGCCACAAGGUUGGACUCCUCCUGCGUUAGACGCUUGAUGUUACGUGACAACAGAGAUGUUUGAUUUAUUGCAUUUGCUUGAGAUUAAGUAACGUGUACUCAGAGAAGUGUUUGGAAAUACAGAUUCACGUCUGAUUUGCCUUGAGAUACUCACCACUUGCUCCGUCAAUAGCUUAGCAAGUUUAUGUAGUGAAUAAAGCAGCUCACCGUAAUACCAUUUAUGGGAAGAGACGGGGGCUCAAUUUCACACGCAGUUACUUCAGUGUUUGACAUUAAUUCUGAUUUUUAAAAAAUAUUACAUAGAACUAUGUGUAUAUGUAGAUUAAUGAGUUGAAAUUGCAAGUUUUUUUUCCUGUGUUAGUAAGAUAUAUCGCAGUCUGAUAAAAUAUAAAUUGUCCCAAUAAAUGUAAGAAC